AUGGAAUCUACACAAGGCAAUUUCGACUUUGUCAUCGUAGGAGGUGGUCCAGCUGGUUGUGCCCUCGCAGCGGGACUCGCCAAGUCAGCCCAAAGACCUCAAGUCCUACUUCUUGAAGCAGGUGGGCGCAAUGAUGAUAGAUCUUUGCGAGUGGAUGGAAAGCGCUGGACGACGUUCAUGGAAGGGGGCCUGAAUUGGGGUUACAAGACCACACCUCAGGAACAUUGCAAUGGGCGGGAGCUCGACUACUCCCGUGGAAAGGGUCUAGGAGGUGGUUCGGCAAUCAACUUCGGGGUCUACACUGUAGGCGCGCGGGACGACUACAAUGAGUGGGCCUCUGUGGUAGACGACGAUACCUUUGGGUGGAAGGAAAUGCAGACCCGCUUCAAGAAUUUGGAGACUUUCAAUGGUGGUGUCACACUAUCGAAGGAUCAGAAAUAUGCCAAUCCCAUUGCUUCCGACCAUGGCAAUUCGGGUGCCCUGCGUGUCGGGUAUGCAGAGGAUUGGGAAAGGGACUUGUCGCUCUCCCUGGAUGCAUUUGAAGCGGCCGGGCAUAAGCUCAACCUGGAUCACAACUCGGGUAACCCCCUCGGCAUGGCUGCCACUAUCAACUCCGCAAGCAAGGGAAAACGCACCACAGCUGUUGACUUGCUUUCGAGUGCUCCUGAUAAUCUUGUGAUUGUCACAGACAGCCCAGUACAGCGGAUCUUGUUGCAGGGCAAAAAGGCUGUUGGAGUAGAGGCUCAGGGCAAGCAGUACUUCGCUUCUCGGGAUGUGAUUCUCUCUGCAGGUGCACUUGACACCCCAAAAAUCCUAAUGCAUUCUGGAAUCGGACCAGCUGCAGAGCUUGAGAAAUUCAACAUCCCAGUAGUCAACGAUCUCCCCGCUGUUGGCCAGGGUCUCCGAGACCACUACUUUGUUCCUCUGAUUUUUGCCCGUAACCCUGAGACAAAUGACCGCAAUUCGUUCUUCCAAGACCCCGCCGCCAUGGAAGCUGCAAUGAAACAGUGGGAAGAUAACAACACCGGUCUCUGGACCCGGUACGGCUGCCAGGUCGGCUGUGGUUGGUUUAAAUCAGACCGCAUCACCUCUUCGCCCGAAUUCAAGGCACUUCCAGCAUCCGUACAGGAAUUCAUGAACCGCGAAACCAUCCCCCACUACGAGAUGAUCACUCACCUUCCCAUUCAUUUCAUGUUGCCCGAUAUGUUCAAAGAUUACAGCUAUCUCGGUCUCGCGGCGUUCAUGAUGAACGAACAAUCUCGCGGCGAAGUACGCCUGCAGUCCUCCGACCCUGAGGUCCCGCUACUAUUUAACCCGCGAUUCCUGGAGGAUCCCUUCGAUCGUCGCGCAUGUAUCGAGAUCUACCGACACCUACUGGAAGUUAGUAGACACGAGUCGUUUGCGAAGGACACUGUCUCCACGCUCAUCGGGCCCGCGUCUGAUUCUGACGAGGACAUCCUCCAGUUCUGGAAGGAUUUCCUUUCUUCUAGCUGGCACAUGACCGGCACUGUCAAGAUGGGCAAUGCUGAUGCUAGUGAUGCCGCCGUUGACACACAUUUCCGCGUGCGGGGAGUGGAGAACCUCCGCGUUGCUGAUAUGAGUGUUGUUCCCGUUCUCACCAACAACCACACACAGGCUACAGCUUAUGUGACCGGUGCUACUUGUGCUGAUGUUCUUAUCAAGGAAUAUGGUCUUGGCCAGUGA